CCAAACGAUUACUUUGGCAGUUUCAUUGAAUUACGAGAGAAGAGAAGAGGAACGCUGAGAGCACUUUUGGCAAAGCGAUUUCAUUGGUUUCACCCAAAAAAGUGACUAUGCUUCCCCUUUUGCCACCUCCUCCUCCGUCAUUCCACGGCUGUCUUCUUCUUCUUCACUCUCCCUUUCUCUCUCUCUACCCUAAUUUCUCUCUCUAAAUUACGCCCACUCACCUCUCUUCUCUGUUUCGGUGUUUCUGAGAGUCUUUAGGGUUCGAUCAGAGGAAGGAUCAAGAUGGGAACUUCACAGCGACAGUUGAAAGUCAUGCUUCGCAAGAACUGGCUCAUCAAGAUUCGUCAUCCUUGCGUUACUUGUGCUGAGAUUUUGCUUCCUACUGUUGUGAUGUUGAUGCUAAUAGCUGUAAGGACUCAAGUUGAUACACGAAUCCAUCCAGCCCAACCAUACAUUCGAAAAGAGAUGUUUGUUGAAGUGGGAAAAGGUGAUAUAUCCCCUACUUUCAAUCAAGUUUUGGAAUCAUUGUUGGCUGAGGGCGAGUAUUUAGCUUUUACACCGGAUACAAAUGAAACAAGCAUGAUGAUCAAUAUAUUGUCAAUAAAAUUCCCUCUACUGAAGCUGGUUAGUAGAGUUUACAAAGAUGAAUUAGAGUUUGAAACCUAUAUACGCUCAGACCUUUAUGGUGUCUGCAAUGAAGUCGAGAACUGUCCAAACCCCAAAAUUAAAGGAGCAAUCAUUUUUCAUGAUCAAGGUCCCGAAUUAUUUGAUUAUAGCAUCCGCCUCAACCACACAUGGGCUUUCUCUGGAUUUCCUGAUGUUAAAUCUAUCAUGGACAUAGAUGGUCCUUACCUCAAUGACCUGGAAUUGGGUGUUGAUACUAUAUCAAUUAUGCAGUACGGCUUCAGUGGAUUUUUGACCCUUCAACAAGUUAUGGAUUCUUUCAUAAUAUAUGCUUCCCAGAAAACUGCAACUGUGUUAGACACUGAGGACACUGGGUCAUCUUCUUGGGAUUCAUUUGGCACACCUUCCCUGCUUGAGAUACCAUGGACACAAUUCAGCCCUUCAAACAUAAGGCUGGCUCCCUUUCCAACCCGUGAAUAUACUGAUGAUGAGUUUCAGUCCAUCAUUAAGAAAGUCAUGGGAGUGCUGUACCUAUUGGGAUUUCUCUAUCCAGUGUCUCGCCUGAUCAGCUAUUCUGUGUUUGAGAAGGAACAGAAGAUAAAAGAAGGUCUCUACAUGAUGGGUCUAAAAGAUGGGAUAUUCUAUCUUUCUUGGUUUAUCACUUAUGCUUUGCAGUUUGCAAUUUCUUCUGUGAUCAUCACCCUUUGCACAAUUGGUACCCUUUUCGAGUACAGUGAUAAGUCAGUGGUUUUCGUGUACUUUUUUCUAUUUGGCCUCAGUGCAAUAAUGCUGUCAUUUUUGAUAUCUACAUUCUUCACUCGGGCCAAAACAGCAGUGGCAGUUGGUACCCUUUCUUUUCUUGGGGCCUUCUACCCUUACUACACUGUCAAUGACCAGUCCAGCUCUAUGAUAUUAAAGGUCAUUGCUUCUUUGCUUUCACCAACAGCCUUUGCUUUAGGGACAGUUAACUUUGCUGAUUAUGAACGCGCUCAUGUUGGACUUCGCUGGAGCAACAUAUGGCAGCCAUCAUCUGGAGUGAAUUUUUUGGUCUGUCUCCUGAUGAUGUUCCUUGACACGCUUUUGUACUGUGCAAUUGGUCUUUACCUUGAUAAGGUUCUUCCUAAUGAAAGUGGAGUGCGUCACCCGUGGAAUUUUAUAUUUCAAAAGUGCUUUAGGAGAAAGAAAAGUUCCAUCAAAUAUUCUGCUUUCAGCUCUGAUGUUUCCAUUGGAAAGGCCAGUUUUUCUGAACGUGUUGUGGAAGCUAUAAGCUUGGAAAUGAAGCAACAAGAGCUUGAUGGCAGAUGUAUCCAGAUGAGGAAUCUGCGCAAGGUGUAUACCACUAAGAAGGGAACGUGUUGCGCUGUUAAGUCCUUACAGCUCACCUUAUAUGAAAAUCAGAUUCUUGCACUUCUAGGACACAAUGGAGCUGGUAAAAGCACGACAAUUUCUAUGCUUGUUGGCCUUCUUUCUCCUACUUCAGGGGAUGCUUUGGUUUUGGGGAAGAAUAUUUUAACUGACAUGGAUGAGAUACGGAAAGGAUUGGGCGUGUGCCCUCAAAAUGAUAUUCUUUUUUCUGAGUUAACGGUGAAGGAGCAUUUGGAAAUAUUUGCUAGUUUGAAGGGUGUGAAGGAAGACUCUCUGGAGAGUGUUGUGAAUGAAAUGAUUGAUGAUGUGGGAUUGGCCGAUAAAGUUAACACUGUUGUGAGGGCACUCUCUGGAGGCAUGAAAAGAAAGUUGUCCCUUGGAAUUGCACUAAUUGGAGAUAGUAAGGUUAUUGUUCUCGAUGAACCUACGAGCGGAAUGGAUCCAUAUUCAAUGCGGUUGACAUGGCAGUUGAUCAAAAAAAUCAAGAAGGGCAGGAUAAUAUUGCUAACGACGCACUCUAUGGAUGAGGCUGAUGUGUUAGGAGAUCGGAUAGCUAUCAUGGCUAAUGGUUCUUUGAAAUGCUGCGGAAGUUCACUUUUCUUGAAGCGUGAGUAUGGGGUUGGCUAUACUCUUACUUUGGUGAAGACUGCUCCUAGCACCUCUGUAGCUGCUGAUAUUGUUUACCGUCACAUUCCAUCGGCAACAUGUGUGAGCGAAGUUGGGACAGAGAUUUCCUUCAAGCUUCCUCUAGCAUCUUCAUCUUCCUUUGAGAGCAUGUUUAGGGAGAUUGAAGGCUGCAUGACAAGAUCAGGUCCUAACUUAGAAUCUGAAGGCAGUGAGCACAAUCACUCUCUUGGCAUUGAGAGUUAUGGUAUAUCUGUGACAACUCUUGAAGAGGUAUUCCUGAGAGUUGCAGGAUGCGAUUAUAAUGAAACUGAGUGUAUUGAUGAGAAGAAGACUCUUGCUUUACAUGAUUCUGUGGUUUCACCAGCCUGCCAUAAUUAUGCUCCAAAAAAUGUUGUACUCCCCAAACUAUGCGGAAGUUAUAAGGUCAUUGGAGUCAUAUUUGCAACAAUUGGCAGUGCUUGUAGUUUGUUUUUUGAUGCUGUCCUGAGUUUCUUAAGGUUCUUAAGUAUGCAAUGCUGUUGCUGUUGCUUCUUAGUAAGGUCAACUUUUUGGCAACACUGUAAAGCAUUAUUUAUAAAGAGAGCAAUAUCUGCUCGAAGAGAUCGAAAAACAAUUGUUUUCCAGUUAUUGAUCCCAGCUAUCUUCUUGCUUUUUGGUCUUGUUCUUCUCAAACUUAAACCACAUCCUGAUCAGCAGUCUAUAACAUUCACAACCUCAUAUUUUAAUCCUCUAUUAAGUGGUGGAGGUGGUGGUGGUCCAAUUCCUUUUGAUCUAUCCUGGCCUAUCUCCAAUAAGGUGGCGCAGUUUGUUAAAGGGGGUUGGAUUCAAAAGUUAAAGCCGAGUACAUAUAGAUUCCCUGAGUCAGAAAAGGCAUUAUCUGAUGCUAUUGAGGCAGCGGGGCCAACUUUAGGUCCUGUCCUACUUUCAAUGAGCGAAUAUCUGAUGUCUAGCUUUAACGAAUCCUACCAGUCAAGGUACGGAGGAAUUGUGAUGGAUAAUCAAAAUGACGAUGGAAGUCUAGGAUAUACCGUGCUACACAACAGUUCUUGUCAGCAUGCUGCUCCAACAUAUAUAAACUUAAUGAAUUCAGCAAUUCUUAGGCUUGCUACCCUUAAUGAAAAUAUGACAAUUCGAGCACGUAAUCACCCUCUGCCCCAGACAAAAAGCCAGCACUUGCAACGACAUGAUUUGGAUGCGUUUGCAGUUGUAUUUGUUCUCAGCAUUGCCUUCUCAUUUAUACCUGCAUCGUUUGCAGUUUCUAUUGUAAAGGAGCGUGAAGUAAAAGCUAAGCACCAACAGUUGAUUAGUGGAGUAUCUAUAUGGUCAUACUGGGCUUCGACAUACAUAUGGGACUGCGUCAGCUUCUUAAUUCCUACAUCUCUUGCAAUAGUUCUCUUUUACAUCUUUGAUCUGGAUCAGUUUAUUGGAAUGGGUUCUUUCUUACCAACAAUCAUCAUAUUUUUGGAAUAUGGACUUGCAAUUGCAUCAUCAACGUAUUGCCUCACGUUUUUCUUUUCUGAACACACAAUGGCACAGAAUGUGGUCCUCUUGGUUCACUUUUUCACUGGGCUCAUUCUUAUGGCUGUAUCAUUUAUUAUGGGGCUUGUGGAUACAACUGCAGGUGCAAAUUCUUUUUUGAAGAACUUCUUCAGAUUAUCACCAGGAUUUUGCUUUGCUGAUGGAUUAGCUUCACUGGCUCUUUUACGGCAAGGGAUGAAGGAUGGAUCUGGUGAUGAGGUUUUUGACUGGAAUGUUACUGGUGCUUCUAUUUGUUACUUGGCAGCCGAGGGAAUUGUUUUUUUUCUUAUAACGCUUGGUCUUGAACUUGUGCCUCUUCACAAAAUAACUCUAGUCACUCUUAAAGGCUGCUGGGAAAGUAUGAAAAAGAUCUUCCAAAGAACUUCCAGUAGUUAUACGGAACCUCUUUUGGAAUCAUCCUCAACAUAUGUUGCUAUUGACCCUGACGAAGAUGUAGAUGUUCAAGCAGAAAGAAAUAGGGUACUUUCUGAUUCCACAGACAAUGCGAUUAUCUACUUGCGUAAUCUUUGGAAGGUCUACCAUGGUACAAAAGUUGCUGUUCGUUCAUUGACUUUUUCAGUUCAAGAAGGAGAAUGUUUUGGUUUUCUAGGAACAAACGGAGCAGGGAAAACUACAACCCUUUCCAUGCUAUCUGGAGAAGAACGACCGAGUGAUGGAACCGCUUUUAUAUUUGGCAAAGACAUAAGUUCAAACCCCAAAGCUGCCCGUCGACAUAUUGGCUACUGUCCACAGUUUGAUGCUCUGCUUGAAUUUCUAACCGUUCGAGAGCAUCUUGAGCUCUAUGCAAGAAUAAAAGGAGUCCCAGACUACAAACUUGAAGAUGUGGUUAUGGAGAAGAUAGUGGAAUUUGACUUGUUGAAGCAUGCCAAUAAACCUUCAUUUUCUCUUAGUGGGGGCAACAAGCGCAAAUUGUCUGUUGCAAUUGCAAUGAUUGGAGAUCCUCCAAUAGUCAUUCUUGAUGAGCCAUCCACAGGUAUGGAUCCUAUUGCCAAACGAUUUAUGUGGGAAGUAAUAUCCCGGCUAUCAACCAGACGAGGAAAGACUGCAGUUAUUCUAACUACUCACAGCAUGAAUGAAGCUCAAGCACUAUGCACCCGGAUCGGAAUAAUGGUUGGAGGCCAGUUAAGAUGCAUUGGAAGUCCUCAACAUCUGAAAACACGUUUUGGGAAUCAUCUUGAGCUUGAGGUUAAACCAACUGAAGUUAGCUCAAUGGAUCUGGAAAAUUUGUGCCGGUUGAUUCAAGAAAGGCUGUUUGACAUUCCUUCUCAUCCAAGGAGCUUACUCAGUGACCUUGAAGUUUGCAUAGGGGGCACUGACUCCAUAACAUCAGAAAAUGCAUCAGUGGCAGAGAUUAGCUUGACAGAGGAUAUGAUAGUCAUAAUUGGGCAAUGGCUUGGCAAUGAAGAAAGGAUAAAGAUACUUUUAUCUUCAACAGACCUUUCUGCUGGGGUUUUUGGUGAGCAAUUAUCGGAGCAGUUGGUCCGCGAUGGUGGUAUCCCAUUGCCAAUAUUUUCUGAGUGGUGGUUAGCCAAAGAAAAGUUCUCUACAAUUGAAGCAUUUAUUAUAUCUUCAUUUCCUGGAGCAACAUGUCAAGGUUGCAAUGGGUUGAGCAUUAAAUAUCAGUUGCCUUAUGGAAACGACCUCUCUCUUGCUGAUGUUUUUGGGCAUCUGGAACGGAACAGAGAUUCAUUGGGGAUAGCAGAAUACAGUAUCAGCCAAUCAACAUUGGAAUCCAUUUUUAAUCAUUUUGCAGCAAACUCAUGAGGUAGUAGGGCUUGAAGGCCUUGUAUGCUUGUGGAUCUUGUAUAUAUAUAUGAAGACCUUUUGACACAUUAGGUAAUCUCUUUUGACCCAUGAUGUACUUGUGUUAUUUUACUGUUUUAAUAUGAUAUACUUGUGAUUCAUAUAAUGGAAAUGCCAAUGUUGAGAUGUGUAAAAUAAAUGAAAACUGUAUAAAAAUAUAUAAAAAUGUACGAGAAUAUGUAAAAUGUGUACAUAAAUACUAACUUUUUUCGUAUAAUUUAAUUUUUAGUGAACGUUGUUAGCAAGACCCUUGGUAUAAAUGUAUUCAUUUUAUUAUGACACGUGUUCUAAUGAGGAAAACUUUGGUUGGUUAGAUGAC